AUCGGGUGAAAUAGACGCUCGUAUAGUUAGAUUAUGCGUCUAGAUUGAUUAAACUGGGCGAGUCUACUUACUUAUUACUUGAGGAUGAAAAAAACGUGUUUUUUAAAUGUUGCUCUUAAACAAGGGUGGCGGUUGAACUACUAAAAGUACAACAACAGUUAAUUCACAACAAAUCGUACGGUAUGUUUUUAUAAUCAGUAGAAGCUAGUCGUAUUUACGCUUAUGAGACCUGUUUCACCCAUAAGUAAAGAAUUGACAGGUCCAUCAUGAAAUACUUUCCCCAGCGUGCAAAUACUUGUCCUAUUCAAUAUCGGCCGCGAUCAAAAAUCUGAAACUGGAGUACGUAAAGCACGAUGCUUGACUGAUUCAGCAGAAGAGCUAGAAAGACACGGUCAAUGAGUAUAUAGUACCAGCAUAGAAAUAGGAUAUGCGGUAUUAUUUUAUGUAUGAAACAAAGAGCAAUCAAAUGUAUUUAAAAGAAAAAAAAACUGAAAAACUAUGAACAUACUCGCAUUAACGGUCGUAUUGGCUGUGGCCACCCUGGCCCAGGCAGACGAAAACAACUUUGACGGUUUCGGACAAGGAAGUUUCGGAUGGGGAUCUGGUGUUGGACUCGGCGGUAGUUGGGGAUACGGUGGCGGACAUGGAAGCAGUUGGGGGCACGGUGGCAUGUCCAAGGGAUAUGGUGGCGGAUAUGGAAGUAGUUGGGGACACGGUGGCAUGUCCAAGGGAUUUGGUGGCGGAUAUGGAAGCAGUUGGGGACACGGUGGCGGCAUAUCAAAAGGCUACGGCUAUGGAUACGGCAAACAUGUUGUUAAACCCGUGAUUCCAGUACCAGUGGUUCCAGUUGUAAAGGUACCAAGGCCCAGACCAGUGAUCCCAGUCGUACCAGUUGUCAAGGUACCACAGCCCAAGCCUGUUAUUCCCGUUCCAGUCGUUCCGGUUGUGAAAGUACCAAAACCCAGACCAGUGAUCCCAGUCGUACCAGUUGUCAAGGUACCAAAGCCCAAGCCAGUUAUCCCUGUUGUACCAGUAGUGAAGGUGCCACUGCCAAAGCCUGUCAUGCCAGUUGUCCCUGUCAUGAAAGUCAUGCAUAAGGGUUACGGUGGUUACGGGCAUGGUGGAUAUGGCGGUAUGUCUGGUGGUUUUGGUGGAUUUUCUAGGGGAUUUGGUGGAUUUAGUGGAAUAAGCGGUGGAAUUGGAAGAAUUGGAUUCGGAGAUGAUGAUGAUUUCUACGAUGACGACGAAUUAUUUGGUUUCCAUGGUAGAUACAGCCACGGAAUUAGCGGAGGGUCACGUGGUUUUGGAAGUGCAUUUGGAGGCGUAGGAGGACUGCCCAUGCACGGUGGUGCAGGAGCUUCUCUUGGAGGUGUUGGACAUUUCGGUGGUCACGGAUCCUCUCUUGGUGGCGUAGGACAGUAUCAAGGCAUGGGAUUAUCUCUUGGUGGCGUAGGACAGUACCAAAGCAUGGGAUCAUCUCUUAGUGGUAUAGGACAGUACCACGGCAUGGGAUCAUCUUUUGGUAGUGUAGGCUCCUCAAUGGGUGGCGCUCAAUCUUUCGGCCAUUUUGGUCAUGGUGACAACGGAUGGAACAACAAUGGAUGGGAUAAUAAUAAUGGCUGGGGCAAUAGCAAUGCAUGGAACAACAAUGGUCUGAACAAUAAUGGAUGGAACAACAAUGCUUGGAAUAACAAUAAUGGUUGGAACGACAACACAUUUCGUCACCAUUAAUUGUAAUAUUUAAGCCAAUAAUUUGAAGUAUAAAUAGUACUUCAAUUCCUUAAUUUAAUGUGUAAUUGUAGGAUGUUACUUAUGCGGUUUGCGUAAAAGUCCGAGUGUAUUUUUGAACAUGAAAAAUAGAUGUAACUAUAACUUAUAAUAUUUGUUAAGACUGAAUUUUCAGACAUUUCUAUUUAGUUUAUACAGUAUACUGGUAUAUGCUACUGUUAAUAGCGUUUUAGGUAUUGUAGAUCUUUUAUUUGUAAAACAGUACAGCGUAAGAAUUACUUCAUAAGUAUCAAUUUCUACAUAAAAUUUUAUAAACCAUUUGACUACAAAGCUGAUAAGAACUAGUUUCUUUCUAAAUUGCUAGAAAAAGUUAUGUAUAUAUAAUCAAGAAUUGUGAUAGAAUUGUAUAGAUAAUUCAGAAUCUAGUCUCAGAGCCACUCAUUCAUACAUUCAGAUUUUUCCUAUCAAAAUGUGUCAGGAAAAAUGUCUUUAGUUUAAUUUUAUUGACAGUUUACCUUUUAGAAAUAUUUAUGUCAGAUUGCAUAUUUAUGAUCACAUAUUUCACAGUCUGCGAAAAUGAAUGAAGAUUUUCGACCCCAACCAACCCCAAAUUGCGAGCGAGUAGCAUUUAAUUUGCUGUCAGUGUCAAUAGGUACACAUUUUCGCACAGUUUUUUUUUAGAACUUUUACUUAUCAAAAUGUACACAUCUGUUCGGCAUCAUAACAUGACCAAAUCUAAUUACGACAAUUUAUAGUAUUUUUUUUAGAAUCUAAAAACUUGAGCACAAGUUUUCUUUCAUAAGAUAAAAAUUGUUGUUGUAACAACUUUGUUGUUUUACAUACUGGUACUGAGGCUAUCUGAUUUCUAGUAUUUUUGAAAAGUACAAAAUAAAUUCGGCAUUUCCUAAUGUUCAAAGCAGAUAAGUAAAAUACCUUUGUAAGUAUCAGGCUUUUAUGCUAUGCUAAAUUUUCGAUUCUUCUCCAAGCAUGAUACUAGCUUUUUUUGCAAAGUUGAAUAGUUUUAAAAAUAAUAUUUUUUCUCAUAAUGCACUAUGUGUCAGACGCUUUUUGUCUUAUGACACCGAAGAAAUGUCAAACAAUUGUCGAUUUUAUCAUCUAACUUUCGUUUGACUUUAUUAAUUUACAUUAGGUAUUUAUAGUGAAUAAGCAGUAAUUGCCAAGCUUUUUAUUCUGUACACGGAUUUGGACUAUAUAUAUAGAAAUGUUUCAAAAAUAAAUUCUCAAGAUUUUAAAUUAAAUGUCGCAUUGAAUAAUACUUUAUAUAUAGCAAAAUUAGUAUUUCAACAAAAGUUUUUGACUUUUUUUGGAGAUAUUAUUUCUUGUAAAAGCCAUCUAAAAAUUCUAACGCGAUUGUAGAAGAACAAGUCUUAUCUUCACAAUUCUGUACAUUCUUCCAACUUAUAAAGUUAUUAUAAAAUUCUUAACAUGAAAGUUUUAUUCAUCAAUAACACUUGAGCUAAAACCAAAAGUCAAGUCGUUAGUUUUUAAUAUAUUGAUUAUAUCAAUUUACUUUUAUUACUAAUAAAAACAACAUCAACAACAUUUGUAACAUUUCAGUUAGGGAUAAUAGAAUUGCAAAAGUUUCAGAAUUUGAUAAUUUAUAUACAUACUUGUUGUAAAGCUUUUAGACAACUUAUGGGGCUGAGAAAUGGGAGAUAUUUUGUCACGCAAUGAAAACUGAUAAUUAAUGAAAUUUAAAUGAUAAUUUUCAAGUAUCCCUUUUUUUUCUUUAGAAAUAGAUUUAUUGUGGACUUUGUGAUUAACAUCGUUUAUGAAAUACAGCUUUUUGAAAGACUAAACUUUUCAUGUACAUGUAGAAAUCGGUUCAUAAAAUCUGUUUAGUUACCCUGUUCAUGAAGUUGGUUUUCAGUUUUCAAACCCUGCAUACUUUUCGAGUGUUGAAAGCCGACUUUCAAAUAAAAAAGAGUAAUGACAGUUUUGCAUUUAAUCCUCGAUUUAUAGAAUCGAAUCCGUAGCUAAUGAGUGAACACAUUUUAGUUUCUCUUAAAAGCAGUGUUCCGUCAUCGUAAACACACGUUGCUGUAAAGUUACUUUUAUUUUGGCACAUAGAUGCUGUAUUACUGUGCUCUAUAAGGAAAACUUGUCAGAGGUAUCCACAUGACAAUUUGCUAAAAAUGUCUGAAAGUGAUUAUACAAAAUAAGAAUGUUUAGUGAAGAGAUUUAACAACUUUUUGGUACUAUUUUGUUAGGUGUUUUUUUUUCAAGAAAUGACUGAUAGCACAAAGCCGGAUACUCCGCCUUGAAAAUAUUUAAAUGUUAUACUUAAGUUUAAAUUUAGUGUCAUUUAAUCUAUUAUCCUUAUAAAAUUUGAUAAAUAAUGCAUAUAAAAACGAAAAGGUAGGACAUAUGGUAGCACAUGUGGAUCAUACCAAAUAGGUUCAAAGUAAAAUCAGCAGACUAUCUAAGUCACAGUAACCUAGUGUCCUUGGCGUAAUCAGAACAACACUCGGUAUAAACAUUUUAGCUCUUUUAGUAAAGAUAUAGGGGUUUUCUUAAAGUGAAUGAGCCAUGCCAUGGGAAAACCAACAUAGUGGGUUUGCGACCAGCAUGGAUCCAGUCAGUCUGGUCAGGAUCCAUGCUGUUCGCUUUCAGAGCCUAUUGGAAUUAGAGAAACUGUUAGCGAACAGCAAAGCCACUAUGUUGGUUUUCUCAUGGCACGGCUCAAAUGGUAUUAUGGUAAUUUAUAUUUCAGUUGUUUUAUUUAAACUAACGUAUUUCAACAUAACCACAAAAAAUCUGAAAAAGAAGUAAACCACGAAACAAACAUUUUUACACAUAAUGAUUUUGGGUUAUCAAGAUUUGUUUUAAACUGGCUUUCCUAAGACGGAAGAGAAUCAAAUGAAAAUGAUAAUAGACUAGCUUUUAUAAAUACCAAACUUUUGAAAUUUGUUUGAGUCGCAUGGUACUGAAAAACGGAAACCUUUAUAAUUGUUCAAAACUAUUAUUUUUGUGCAUAUUUAGGUUCGGGAUAGGUCAAUGUUCAUUUUGGCCUUAUAUGGCCUACACAAUUCGGAUUGUUUGCAAAUGACUAAUAAUUGGAAAAAUAUACAUUAUUUGCUACCAGAUAGAUAAACUUCUAUAGUGAAUUUAGGUUUUUUGAAACAGAAUUAAUUUUUUGUUGAAAACAUGCCACUAAAUAUUGCUGAAAUCACCGGCUAUUUCUUUUUCAAAAUUAGCAUUUUUUUGCCAUGUUCAGGUAACAUAGGAGUGUUUUAUUAGUGAGCACAGGGCCACGAAAAUAUCUUGACCGUCAGUGAAGCUUUUUUCAUUGAGUUUUUGAUAAUUUUUUUGGUUAUAAUCGACAGCUGUGCCCAUAUUGAAAAGUUCAGAUUUGUUUAAAAAUCGGUUAGAAACUGAAGUUUUCUCAUACCCUCACUGUUAAUAAUAUUUUCAUUUACGACAAAUAUUUUCUUCGAUAAUGAAUAAAUAGUGAAAUGUUGCAUCCAGUUUGAUAAAACAAUACCUCUUGGUAAAAGAAAACUUGGAAUUUACUCAGUUUAGAGACUUUCAGUUUUUUAUCCGUUUUUAGGCAAAAAUGAACCUUCUGCUUUGCUUUCAUAAUCAAAGACUACACAUGUAUAGUUCGAAAACAAGGCACAAUUAUCAGACAUCUUAAUGUCAUGCUAGUUUGUUAAAGUUAUUGUCAAUAACAUAUUUGAUUAAAUUUAUAUUUAUUGUUUUUGGUAGGGCUACACAAACAAGAUGCGUACUUUAAAUAAAAACCUUGACAAAAAUAAGUGACCUUCAAUUGUUCAUUUAGAGGUGCCAUAGUUAUUUCAAUCUUCCAGUAACUGCAUGAAAUAAGUGACCAUCGAUGGUAUUUUACGACCUGCCAUAGUUAUUGCCAGCCUUCCAGUAACUGUCAGUGAAUGUAGCAUGAAAUAAGUGACCAUGAAUUGUGAUAUGUCAUAGUUAUUGCCAGCCUUCCAGUAACUGUUAGUGAAUGUAGCAUGAAAUAAGUGACCAUGAAUUGUGAUAUGUCAUAGCUAUUGCCAGUCUUCCAGUAACUGUCAGUGAAUGUAGCAUGAAAUAAGUGACCAUAAAUUGUGAUAUGUCAUAGUUAUUCUCUACCGUUACCUGACUUUCAGUGUAUGUAGCAUGCUAUGUGUCGAUAUUUUCUUAACAGACAAACAGUUUUCUUUUCCUUGUUUUACAUACCUAUGAUGUAAAUAAAUUAUUACUAUUCAAAUUUUCUUGAAGUGUUUAGAAAGCAUUUUACAAUGACCAGCCUUAACCUUAAAUUACAAUCAUUUCAUUCAUUGAGAUUAAUGUCUGUGAAUUAUUUAGAUGCGGUAAACAUUUCCUCAUAGAUAUUUGUUGAUAACUUUGAUGUCAUAAACGCAGCUAUUUCAAGCUAAAGGGACAGAAGAAACAAAAUGUUUUUAUAUAGUGUUCCUUAUAAGCACAUGAAAGAUCUUUUCGACUACCUAUAGUAUCUUUUUGAAAAAAAAAAUAUUAUUACACAAAAUAUUGUUCAAAAGCAAUAGCAUGCUACAUGCACAUAGUACAUAUAUACGGAAUUCCGUUAGGGCCAUCGCCUUUGUAUGUGUUGAUCUGAAACGCGAUACUCGAUAGUACGAUGAUGAAAACGCGAAAUCACGAAACUACGAUAACGAAAACGCGACAACACGAUGAUGAUAACGCGAUACUACGAUAACGAAAACGCGAUAAUGCGAUAGGACGAUGAUGAUAAUGCGAUAUACUAUCGCGUUUUCACCAUCGCACUGUCGCGUUUUCACCAUCGUACUGUCGUAAUAUCGCGUUUUCGUUAUCGUAGUAUCGUGAUUUCGCAAUAUCAUUAUCGUACUAUCGCGUUAUCACCAUCGUACUGUCGCGUUAUCACCAUCGUACUGUCGCGUUAUCACCAUCGUACUGUCGCAUUAUCAUCAUCGUACUGUCGCGUUAUCACCAUCGUAUUGUCGCGUUAUCACCAUCGUACUGUCGCGUUAUCAUUAUUGCACCAUCGCCUUCCGGUGCGCAUGUGCAUGCUAAAAAUGAGAAGAUUAGAAGUUAUACUUUUAGAACUACAGCUCCUGCUCUAGCGAUAGGGCGGGUGCUAGUGUGUGAAAAUCUUGAUUUGUAUUGAUGAUCCUCCUAUAGCCACAGCUGCUAGUUAGUCAAAAGCAAAAAAUAAUUAACAUUUUUCCAUGCUUUUUUAGCUUUCGUCAAUUUAAGAGUCAUUUACAGAAAAUGAAUUUAGGGAGACAAAGCGUGUUGGAUGUUGAACAGGUUCAGAAUGCUGUGCAGAUAUAAUUUUACUGCAUUUCUCAUUACUGUAAAAUCAUAUAUAAAAUGUCUGAGUAAGGGGGCGUUAACUCACUUUUGGUUGUAAACUGCUUUACUUUUUAUUUUAUUUUUGCAGAAAAUUGCCAGACUUUGAUGCAUUAAAAGAAACUAUGUGCCAUGAAAACUGCAAACAAUAUUCUUCGAAUAUUUGCGAUGCUCCGAUUUCAGUGUCGUUAUGCGUCUUACGGAAUUUAACAUCAAUGACCUGAGCUUUACAAGACAUGCAUUUGCUUUUCAGUGUUGAAAUAUAAACCAUCAUAUUUGUGAAAAUAUUCAUCAUCAUAUUUGUGAAAAUAUUCAUGUCAGACCAAAAUAAAAACAAACAAAAAACGCCCUGAUCA